UCUUAAGGAAUUUCCCCAGCAGGAGAUGCUUAAUCCCCAGCAGGAGAUGCUUAAUCCCCAGCAGGAGAAGACUCCGAUGAGCUCCUCCUCUGAGCCUCAGCGCUGUGUGGUGGAGCAGCAUGAGCGCAUUUUGUGUGGAGAGCCUGACAUCACUCCAGCUGAAUGUGAGGACAUCAGCUGCUGUUAUGAUGCACAGGGCUGUUAUUAUGCCAAGGCAGUUACCCUGCAGUGCACGAGGGAUGGGCAGUUUGUAUUGGUGGUGGCUCGAGAUGCCACCCUGCCACCCAUCAAUUUAGACUCCAUCCACAUGCUGGAAAACGACCCAAGUGGCCUUUGUGCGCCUGUCGGCAGUACUGACACCUUUGCCAUCUAUCAGUUUGCUGUCAGCUCCUGUGGCACCAGAGUGAAGGAAGAAAGUGGUUUUGUUAUUUAUGAGAACAUGAUGACGUCUGAGUAUGAAGUGGGCAUUGGACCUCGUGGAUCAGUUACGAGAGACAGUGCUUAUGAGCUGGAGUUCCAGUGCAGGUAUUCGGGAACCGCAGUUGAGGCUCUGGUGGUGGAGGUGAACACGGUUCCUCCUCCUCCCCCCGUCUCUCAGCAGGGCCCACUCAGAGUGGAGCUCAGGCUCGCCAAGGGGCAGUGCGCCACUAAAGGAUGCUCUGAUGAGGAUAUGUACACUUCAUACUACUCCGAGGUGGACUAUCCUGUUACAAAAGCGUUGAAAGAACCUGUAUAUGUGGAGGUGCGGAUUCUGGAGAGGACUGAUCCAAACAUAAUCCUGGUCCUGGACCACUGCUGGGCCACUUCUACUCCUGAACCCUUGAGCCUGCCUCAGUGGGACCUAGUGCUUAAUGGCUGUCCAUAUGAGGAUGACCAUUAUCUGACCACUCCGCUUCCUGUUGGACCCUCAGGACUGCAGUACCCGUCUCAUUACAAACGCUUUGUGGUGAAGAUGUUCACCUUUGUAGAUCAGUCCUCUCUUGUGCCUUUGCAGGAAAGGAUUUUCAUUCACUGCACUACAUCUAUUUGCCACCCCUCUGCCACCGAGCCAUGUGAGCCCAGCUGUGGCAGCAGGACAAGAAGGGCUGUUUCAGAAUACUUGAAUGAUUCUGAGGAAAAGGUUGUCGUUUCGAGUGGGGAGGUCAUAAUUGUAUCUCAUUUGCUGGUUUCUGACAAUCUUGUGGAUAAGGAAGAACCUAUAGGAUGUUUGCGUGGUCAACCCGAAAUGAACAAAUCCCUCAAUGAGGCAACUCGAUGUUCCCGAGUCAUAUUAAAGAUUCAUUCAAAAACUUGCACUUUGAAUCCCGUUUUCAAAAGUUUGCGUCUUCAAGCCCCCAAAAUGCUGCUGUUGUGUAAAUGAAUGGCCAAAACACAUAAAAAGUUUUUAGUUGAAAAUGAUGUCAUCUAAACAACCCCUCAGAGUAAUGGUCAAAAAAAUCAGAGUAAAAAAUCAGCUUUGCAGCCAAUAGCACGAAUAAAUAACAUUUUUAAAAUAAUAGAAUACAUUCAUUUUACUCUUUAAUAAUAUUAGUGUUUUUACUAUGGAAAUACUGUUUUUACUGUAUCUUCAAAUAAAUGCAGCAUUGGUGUGCAUAAAAGAUAUCUUUUAUUAUUAUUAUUAAUUAAAUGUAAUUUAAUUAUUAAUAAUAAUAUUAAAUGUAAUUUAUUCCUGUGAUGGCAAAGCUGCAUUUUCAGCAUCAUUACUCCAGUCUUCAAUGUCACAUGAUCCUUCAGAAAUCAUUCUAAUAUGCUGAUUUGGUGCUCAAGAAACAUGUAUUAUUAGUAUGAAUGUUCAAAAACAUUGCACUACUUGAUACUAAGCCAUGAUACUUUUUUCCCUACUUAAGACUGAAUGGAUUUAAUAGACUUGCCACCGGUUUCACAGACAAGGUUUAAGUCUAGUCCCAGACUAAAAUGCAUGUUUUUAACUGAAAGCAACUUGCACUGACAUAUCUUAAAUUAUGUCAGUGCCAUUGUUUUGUCUCAAGACGCACACCAGUAAUGUUUUCAAAGGCACGUUUAUAAAAGCUACUUAAAUGUCCUAAUUAAACUAAGGACUAAUCCUGGCUUAAUCUAAGCCCUGUUUGUGAGGCCAUUUUUCAGGAUUUAAUGAAUAGAAAUGUCAAAAAAGCAGCAUAUAUUUGAAAUAAAAGAUCAUUUGUAACAUUAUAAAAUGUCUUUACUGUUACAUUUGAUAAUUUAAUGCGUCUUUGCUGAAUAAAAGUAAUUUCUUUAAAACAAUCUUACUGAUCCCAAAUUUUUUGAAUGGAACUUUUUUUUUUUUGUUAUUCUGAAAUAAGUGUCGCUAAAUUAAAUGCAUAACUUAAUAUGGUAACGUGAUGACACAGUAGCAUAGAAAUGUUAAUCGUUGCAUAAAGUGCUCUGUUAUACAUGCUUUGUUUUUUUUUUGCAGUACACCUGUAUUUAUUUUCCAAACAUAGCCACAGGUAAGCAGAAGACUGCUCUCUGAACUUCAACAUCC